AUGUCGAAAAGGCCCCCCCAAGUCGAUAGUGCUUACGCAAGCAACAGCAACGAGAGCUACAACAACCAGUACGACAACGUCCAGGACAAUGUCAGUGAUGGAGCUGUGCCGGGUGAGAGCUUUGAGUAUGGUGACUCGCUUUAUGCGAAGCUCCAGCGCCUUGCAGGAAAGUUCAAUGUGGAACAGCGUGGUGUGGAGCGAGUUCCUGAGAAUGAGCGGACGGAUACUUCCUACCUGAAUAUUGGUAGCAUGUGGUUUGCGGCCAACAUGGUCGUUAGUUCCUUCGCCAUUGGUGUCCUCGCAAAGUCGACCUUCUACAUGGGAUUCGUGGAUGCGAUCCUUGUGUGUCUCUUCUUUAACCUUCUCGGUGUCAUGUCCGUCUGCUUCUUCUCCUGCUUUGGACCGGCUUUCGGACUGCGCCAGAUGGUUCUUUCCCGUUUCUGGUUUGGAUGGUGGCCUGUGAAAUUCGUCGCCAUCCUUAACGUCAUUGCUUGUGUUGGUUGGUCCGCAGCCAAUGCGAUUGUCGGUGCGCAGAUGCUUAACGCCGUCAACACUGAUGUUCCUGGUUACGCUGGUAUCCUCAUCGUUACCUUCUGUACUCUCUUUAUUACCUUCGCCGGUUACAAAGUGGUUCACAUCUACGAGUUCUGGAGUUGGAUCCCUACCUGCAUUGUGUUCUUCAUUGUGCUUGGUACCUUCGCCCACUCCGGCGCUUUUAUCAAUCUUCCCAUGGAUGUUGGUAAGUCCGAGCUUGGUGACUGUCUGUCCUUCGGCUCCACCGUGUAUGGCUUCGCCACCGGCUGGACCAGCUACGCUGCCGACUACACUGUCUACCAGCCUUCGGACCGCAGCCGUCGUAAGGUUUUCCUCUCUACCUGGAUCGGUCUGGUCAUUCCUUUGCUCUUUACCGAAUUCCUUGGUAUUGCUGUCAUGACCGCUACUGAGGCCAAUGGCGGUGUCAACAAAUACAUGGACGGUUACAACGCCUCCGGUAACGGUGGUUUGAUCGGCGCUGUUCUCGAGCCCUUGGGUGGCUUCGGCAAGUUCUGUCUUGUCAUCCUUGCCCUCUCUAUCAUUGCCAACAACUGCCCCAACAUCUACUCCGUCUCCCUGACCCUGCAGGUCCUGAGCCGCUACACCCAGCGUGUGCCCCGUUUCGUCUGGACCUUCCUUGCUUCCUGCGUCUCCCUCGCGAUCGCUAUCCCCGGUUACUCUCACUUCGAGACUGUUCUGGAUAACUUCAUGAACUUCAUUGCCUACUGGCUGGCUAUCUACACUGGUAUCGCGGUUGCAGACCACUUCAUCUUCAAGCGCGGUUUCGGUGGAUACCGCCCAGAGCUGUAUGACAAACCCGAGAAGCUUCCUCACGGUAUUGCUGCGACUAUCGCUUUCUGCUUCGGUAUUGUCGGUAUGAUUACUGGUAUGAGUCAGACCUGGUGGGUCGGACCCAUUGCCCGCCACGCUGGUGCGCUCCCCUAUGGUGGAGAUGUUGGUUUCGAGCUGGGCUUUGCUUUCUCUUUCACCAUUUACUGCGCCCUGCGCCCUCUUGAGCUCCGUUACUUCGGCAAAUAG